GCUGCUGUGUUACUCAAGAGCUAUGUUGAUACACAGUGGUCUGAGAAGAGUGCCAAGUUUCAUGGUCCUGAACCACCAGCUGAGACCAAGGCCUCGGUUCGUGACCUAGUCCUCAAUGGUCUCUCUGAUCCUACCAACCGUAUCCGAGCUUCUUGCUUACGUAGUUUCCAAGAUUGCACACCAUGACUGGCCAGAGCAGUGGACCAAUCUCCUGGAUGUUCUAGUCCAUCAUCUCAAGAAUGGCUCUGCGAAUGAGGUGCACGGAUCUAUGAGGGUCUUGACUGAAUUUGUAAACAAGGAUGUUACGCAUGUUCAGCUGCCCUUGGUUGCGCCUGUUCUGUUCCCAGAACUUUUGCGUAUUUUGGUUUCAGACCAGCUAUACUCACAUGCGACACGAUCUCGUUGCGCUUCAAUUUUCCGUAAUGCAGUUGAGAUGUUGUACACGAUCAAAGAGGAGCACCCUGAAGCUGUCAAGGUUUAUCUUACUCCAUUCAUUGGGCAGUGGAACGAGGCUUUCAUUGCCAUCUUGAAUACGCGCACAGCCGAUGUUCCUGAAAUUGAGGUUGGCGAAUGGGGGUUAAAGACCGAGAUUCUGAAGUGCAUCAACUUGUCUAUUCAAGGAUUCCCCAAGUUAAUGGCACCUUAUUUGCUCCAGGUUCUCUCGGCUGUUUGGCAGGAUGUACUCCAUUUGAGGUCAAGAUAUAUAUCUGAAUACGUCAACACUGGGGAAGGUGUUGGAGAAUCAUUCCAGGACUCCGAUGGAGAAACCAUUGGAUUUGAAUCACUCUUGUUUGUUCAGUUCGAGUUUAUUCAGAUGGCUUGCAGACGUCGUAAGGUGACCCAGGUUGCAUUCAUUGGCGAGGAUGGAAAAUCAGGCAUCUUGCCUGAACUGGUGUGGAACACGCUGAAUUAUAUGCAGAUGACCGAUGAUCAGGUGGAAUCUUGGACUUCGGAUCCGAAUCAAUUUAUUGCGGAUGAAGAAGACGACAGCUAUUCUUUUAAUGUGCGUAUCGCUGCAGAAGAUCUUCUCAUGACUCUAAUUGAUAAUUUUGAAGCCCAGACGUUGGAUGCUUUGAACCUGAGCGUCAAGCAAGAAGCCAGCAGAUCUGCCAAUGAGAAAGCGGCCGGAAAUAUCAACUGGUGGAAAGCACAGGAGUCUAGUCUUUUGGCUGUAGGAUUAUUUGCGGGUGAUUUGAGUGAGACCAUCAAAUCGGGCGCCCAGGCCCCCAUUGAUAUCGGUGGACUAUUUGAGCAUAUUGUGCUUGGCAAUCUCUCAGAGCAUGACUUUCCCUUCUUGCAAGGGCGCUCAUUUGUUUUUGCUUCUCAGUUUGCGUCAAUUUUGCCCGCUAACUAUGCAUCUCAAUAUGUUUCGGCUGCUGUGGAGGCUAUUAUGAAAUCUCCUUCAGCUGUCGUGAAGGUUUCGGCCCUGAGAGCACUCAACAACUUUAACCAGUACUUGGAUAAGCAGUACAUCAUCCCAUAUCAGAGGUCUAUUAUUCAGGGUGUUGCUCCUAUGAUGGAGAUUACCACUGAGGAUACUUUUAGCUUGAUCAUCCGCACUUUGAUAUCUACAUCCAAGAUCAAUGAGCAAGCAGCGGCUGAGUUCGAGUCAACUUUGGGUCCUCUUGUCUUGGAUUCUUGGGUUAAAUACCCAGCUGAUCAUUUGAUCUCUAUGGAUAUCAUGGAUCUUUUUGAGACAUUGGCGGCCAACCAGUACAUGCAUCCCGCUCUUAAUGCCAGAGCACUUCCGGUUCUGACCAACAUGAUUUCAACAGAGAACCCCGAUAAAGCUAGAGUCUCCUCUACUGUAGACCUGCUGAAGGCCCUUGUGAGCGGCGCUUCUACACCCUUGCCUCCCAAGUAUGUUGCUCAGUUUUUCCACAAUUUGAUGAGCGUACUCUUGACGACUGACGAUAGGGACGUGUUGCAAAGCGGGCAGGAGUGUUUGACGAUUGUCAUCCAGAAGGAUGUUCAGCAGAUUGCCGGAUGGCGCGAUGAAGUCAGUGGCAAGACAGGGCUCGAUCUCAUUAUUCAAUUUAUAGCUAAGCUUCUAGAUCCUUCUCAGACAGAAUCUGCAGCUCUGUUUGUGGGUGAUUUGAUUUCGAAGCUGAUCAAGAAGGGCGGUGACCUUGUCUCUCCUAUCCUUCCCGAGCUCUUGAAUGCGGUGACACUUCGUCUUGCAGACGCAAAACUCCCUACUUUUAUUCAGCCUCUAGUGAUGGUGUUUGCACAGCUCUCUUUGAACCAGCAUGACGUGGUGAUCAACUUCUUAAGUGGUCUCAAUAUCAAUGGUCGUAACGGCCUAGAUAUCGUCAUGGCUUCAUGGCUCGGUAACCAUGCUGAUUUUACAGGUCUUUACAACCAAAAGGUCAGUACAGUUGCAUUGACUAAGAUCUUUAUGUCGGGCGAUCCAAGGAUAGCAACUGUUCAGGUCAAUGGUGAUUUGAUCGUACCCACUUCGACACGUAUCGUGACGCGUUCUCGCGCCAAGACUGCCCCUGAUCAGUUCACGGUUACAACAGUUCCUGUAAAGAUCAUUCGCCUCCUAGCAACGGAUUUGAUCAAUAAGGUUGAAGAAGAAGAAGAUCAGGCUGCCGAGUCAGAUUAUGAUGAUGACGAUGGCGAUGAUGACUGGGAAGACGAGGACAACGGACGUAAGGACAAGUUUUCAUUCCUUUCCGACGUCUUGGACUCACAUGGGAUUGAUAUGGAUGGUGAUGAGGAGGAGGAUGAGGCUGAUCCUGAUGUUUUGGCUGACCCUGUUUAUCAACUCAAUAUGAAGAAUUACUUAAUUGACUUCUUCCGUCAGUGCGUUCAACAGAACUCACCCGCGUUCGUCCAGAGUGUUGGCGAAUUAAACGACGUUGAGAAGCGCACAUUGUCUUCACUAUUGGAGAAUUAAUCAAGUUACAAAGAGGAAGAAAAAAAAAAGGCACAUCAAGCAAGAUGAUUCGAGAAAUAAAGGGGUUAUCGUCCAAUAC